AUGUUCACUGGGGUAGACUUUGGUCAUGGGAUGAAGCUGUGCCAUGAGUUGAAGCAGGCUGCUGGCCUUACCUUCAGGACAAUGAACAAAGGAAGUGAGUCGGUCGCAGGUGAUGCAGAAGUCGGCUUGCAGAGUCACAGGUUGCUGGAGAUGUGCCUCAUUAUUGGGAUUCCUCCCAAAAUCCUGCGGCGAGUGAUCCAGGACAUGCACAACAAUUUCUUUGAUACUACAGAUGUCAUUCCAGAAGUUUUGUCCAUUCACGCACCACCAUUCACUGGGCCUCAGACAAAUGCUCACACCCACUUGCAGAGCCCACUGCAAAAGCCAGAGGAGAUCACAGUACCAACGUUCUCUUCGGGCCAACUCUUUGGAAAUGUGGAACAUUUUAAGGAGCACCUCAGCGUUCCGAGGGGAAUUGAGCUGUGUGGCCUGCCGGAGCUGUGCUUCCCAGAUGGAUUUAAGCUUCCAGUGGAAGAGCAGGAAGAGUCUUUCCAUUUCCUGGUCCUGACAGAUAUCCUCGGGAACAGACAGCAGGGAGUGGUACUUCACAUUAACAGAGAGAUAAAGGAGUCCGAUCUAUACCAGUCUCCCCCCGAGGGCAUUGACCCCACAAUGGACUGUACCGAAUCUUUCAAUAUCCUGGUUCCCUUUGGGAUCUGUGUCAUCACCAAGUUUCCAUAUUACACAGUCCUGAAGGACUGCCUUUCCUGCCUGCUGCUAGACCUGAAGUCCUGUGGAGAGAGAGAGUUUGAAAUGAAGGUGAAAGAGUUUGCAGCUCAGUUAGCUCUUGUCCCAUGCCCACCGCCAGGAUCCAUCCAGCUGUGCUUUGAGUUGGGCCCUCUCAGUAUCGUGCUGUCACCUCCUGAGGAUAUCGACAGCCCCGUUAUUGACAUCGGCCUCCAUGUCCCGUUCCUUUGCUUCAAACCGGAGACUGUCCUGCAGAUUGUGACGUACAUCCUGACCGAGCGGAGACUGGUCUUUUUCUCCACAAACUGGCCACUGCUGACCCUGGUGACCGAGUGCUUCAUCCAUUACCUGUACCCUCUCCAAUGGAGACACCCCUACAUUCCAGUGCUGGCCAAUCAGAUGCUGGACCUCGUGAUGGCACCCACUGUCUUCCUCAUGGGCUGCCAUUCCAGACACUUCGAUACAAUCAACGAGCCUGUUGCCCGGACCUGA